CGCAAAGCCGCGAAAAUAUACUCCUUGGCAUCCGCUUAAAAUCUAGAAAGACCAACGCUACCUUCUUCAUUGCCAAUUACCAUAUGCCCUGUGUAUACUGGUGCCCUCCUGUCAUGAGCAUUCACGCUGCAUUGGCUGUGAAGAGAACUAAAGAUUUGGCUGAAGGGGUACCCCAUAUUCUUUGCGGAGAUUUCAAUUUCCAACCCACAUCCUCCAUGUAUAAAUUCGUAACCACUGGCACACUCGGAUCAGACAAGGAAGCCACGCCCGUAGCCAACCCGUGGGGCAAAUACUUCCCGAAGGUGGAGGUACCCAUGCGAAGCUCAUAUGCUGCAGUUAACGGUUGUGAGCCGAAUUUCACAAACUACGCGAAAGUAAAGCAAGAACCUACGUUUAUAGAAACGCUGGACUACAUCUUCUAUUCCAAAGGGAUCGAAGCAGAAAGCGUUGUGAAAUUACCGCAUCGAGAUGCAGUAGAGGGGCCUCUGCCUAACGGAGAGGAGCCUUCAGAUCAUAUAUUAAUCGGUGCCAAGCUGAAUAUAGCUGCCUGAUUGGAUGCAAAAUCAAAAUUUAGUUGACGGAGAUGAACCUUCAAAUCUUACUAUAAUCAGUGUAAAGCUGAAUAUAACUUCCCAGUCAAAUGCGCGAAAUUAAAAUUUAGAUUCGGAUCCGCCGCCGGUAAUGGAUCUGUUGUUGAAACUAAAUUACCGUACAACGUUCGUCCACCUCAAAGUAUUAUAUAAAUAAAUUCUAAGAUCUC